AGAGGGCGCGCUAUCAUAUACACGUUUGCUUAUUAAUUUCUUACUGAUCUGGGAAGCAAAAACUAAAAAUGAAUACGUUAUUAUCAAGAGCAAACACGAUAUUUGCCUUUACGCUGAGUAUAUUGGCAGCACUGACAUUUUUGUGCUUUCUUACAACUGUAAGCUUGGACACCAAGAAAGAAGUCAAAAUCACAACAAUAAAGCAUUCAGUGAGACACACGUAUACCCAGUAUGGUGAGAAUGCAGAUCUAGGAGCAUUUUACUUUGAUCUUCAGGCCAACUUAGAUCCUCUCUUCAACUGGAACACCAAACAGCUGUUCAUCUAUCUUACAGCCGAGUAUGAGACAAGUAAAAAUAAACUGAACCAAGUGGUCAUCUGGGACAAGAUCAUCAAGAGGACUUCAAAUGCUAAUCUCAAUUUCAAUAGGAUACAACCCAAAUAUCCUUUCUUUGAUGAUGGUCAUGGGUUGAAGAACAACCAAAACAUCACCCUGACCCUGUCAUGGAACAUUGUCCCCAAUGCUGGCCUUCUCCCCAGAGUCUAUGGCAAUGGUAAAGACACCUUUGGAUUCCCCAGUGAAUAUACAACACAUAGAAUAUAAUAUGUACAUGUAGUUAAUUGGUAAAUUUUGGUGUUUUUUUUUCCUCCUUGUUUUAUGUUAUCAUGUAGUUGUUUGCCAGUUUGGUGCUCUGUACCUCCUUUUACAUCAGUCAUUCCUUCAAUUCGACUCUCACACCAUCUCCAAACUGAUUGAAUUUUCACCUUUGGUGGUGAUGUAUUUUGUCUGUUGUUGGUCAGGUGUUGGUCUUCUUGGUGUGACUGAGGUAUAUUCUGUUCAUGUUUUUGAGAAGUGAAAAGUUUAGGGAGCAAAGUUUUAAAAAUAAUUCGGUUAUACCAGAACUUAAUCGUUUCAGAGUUAAUUUUCACAGCACACAAUAUGCACAUUUCACAAAAUUUCAGUGUUGGACUUCACCCAAUUUUGGCAUGACAAUUUUUCAAAUGUAAAUUGUUCAACAACAACAAAAUUAUCUGCACAAAGGAAUCAAUAUUCAAGCAUGUAUGUGCACAUACAGUCAUAUUAUUAUAGCAACACAGUAGUUAUUCAAACAUCUAGGUUUGUGGUUAGUUUCAUGAAGUAGGUGGGUAGGGGGGGGGGGGGGGGGUCAGCUAUGACAGACAAGAAAAGAGAUGUGGUGUUGGAUAUAUAGAUAUUAUUGGUGUAGCAAGUACCAGCCUAACAAAAUGUAAAGCAAUACUUUGCAAACAUUUUUUGAAUUAUUUUUUGGUAGGCAUUUGAUUACUCUAGUAAAGAUGCCAAUUUGAUCUCAAAUUCUCUUUGCAAUAUUGUUCCAAUAUAUAACUGUAAAAUACAUUUCAGGGCCCUCUAGUGAAACAGUGUUUUACUCACUGAUGGGGUUACCCUGGAUAAAUAAAAAUAAAUAAAUAAA